AUGGCUUUAAUAACUGGCAAAUUUAAUGACGAUCCAAAGCAAUCCCCACAGCAGCAAUCGUCACAACAACAAUUUACACAGCAGCAAUCCUUGUAUCAGCAACCUACUAUUUUUUUUACUAAUAAUGAUGAAGGUGUUAAUCCGGAUCUCUAUCCACAAUGUGAAGCUAAGGUGGCUGAAUUAGAAUACUUAGCAAAACAUCUUAGAGAAGAAUUGACUAUUAAUAACUUACGGCAUAUAAAAAAUGUAGUUAAUAAUAUAGAUCGCGUAUUCACUAUGAUAAAUGAUAUCAAGUCAUCACAAUGUAAUUCAAAGUGUACUAAUACUUGGAAUGUGAAGCCAUGGACAAUGUUUUUGUAA